AUGCAUUCCUCGCUGAAGACCUUCUUGGCCCUCGGGCUGGCGUCUGUCGCCUACGCCCAGGACAAUGUCAUGGAUGAUGACAUGGGCCCUGCUGCCUUCAUGUGGCCCGCCGACAGAGUAUGGAGCGGCGAUAUGGACAACCAGGCCCCUUGCGGCUCCAAGUCUGGCGUUGAGAACAGAACCGAGUUCCCUCUUGUUAACGGACAGGUUGCCCUUGUUGCCCAGGAUGAUUACUACAACACCAAGAUCUCCAUUUCCUACAAGAACGAUCCUACCUCUAACAGCGACUUUGAAACUCUCAUCGAGAACCAGAGCGUCGCCGACCUGAACCCCGGCCACACCUGCGUCAACAUCGCCAACCCGCCCAGCUCCGUCACCGCCGGCAGCAACGCCACCCUCCAGAUCAUCUACAAGGCCGACUGGGACGCCCCGCACAACCAGACCUUCUACGCCUGCGCCGACAUCACCUACGUCGAGCUCGCCAACUUCAACACCCGCAUCCCCUGCUUCAACGCCACCGAGCCCGGCGAGGACGACCUCAAGGCCACCGCCUCCCCGUCCGCCUCGUCCACCAACUCCGCCUCCAACAGCGGCUCCGGCUCUUCGUCUUCCGGCAGCAAGAAGCUUUCCGGCGGCGCCAUCGCCGGUAUCGUGAUUGGCGCUGUCGCGGGCGUCGGUCUGCUCCUCGGCGCCGCGCUGUUCUUCUACCGCCGCAGCCAGCAGAAGAAGCGCAACUCCCGUCUUGCGCGCAUGGAGGACAACGCGAGGAACUCGGAGCACUGGAACGCGGCCAAGGACUCGACUUCGCAGAACAGCGUCCAGCUUAACAACAUCCGAUGA